CCGCGCCGGGCCGGGCCGGGCCGGGCCGAGCCGGAGGGAGCGGAGCGGAGCCGAGCGGGGCCCCGGCAGCUCCGCCGCCAGCCUCGGCGCCGCCCUGGAGCUCAGAUAAGGAAGCAAAGCAUAUUGAAGCCAUAUGGCAGCUCGAGUAAGUCACAUUAAAUCUUGGGGAAGAACAGCUGAACACAUACACGCUGGGUUUUGGACCUCUGCCUGUGGAGCUGGCCAGUCAUGCCUCGCACCAGCGAGCAGUGCUGUUCCCAUAAGCUUCUGAUGUUGAUGGCAGCAAAUCCUGCAAUUUGGCUGCUGAUGCCACUGUUGUUGUCAAAUGUCUGUCGGAUUUCUGUUCUGCUCGCACGUUGAAGCUCUGCAGUUUCAGACUGAGGAGGGUAGCGCUGCGUUUAAAAUGGAAGUGGACAUAAACGGAGAGUCCAGAAGUGCCAUAUCUGCCCUCCCGGUGCCGCUGGCAGAGGUGAGCGCUGCGGGCAGGAUGGAAGCUGAGAAGCCCCGGUGCUCCAGUACGCCCUGCUCACCCAUGCGACGGACGGUUUCGGGGUACCAGAUCCUCCACAUGGAUUCAAACUACCUGGUUGGCUUCACCACUGGAGAGGAGCUGCUGAAAUUAGCCCAGAAGCGUACGGGAAACGAAGAGAAUAAAGGGGAAGCUGGGCCUAACCUGCGCUCCAAACAGCUUGAUUCGGGACUCACGCGUUCCUCCCGCUUGUACAAAGCCAGAAGUAGGUACUAUCAGCCAUACGAGAUCCCAGCUGUCAACGGGAGGAGGAGGAGGCGGAUGCCCAGCUCAGGGGAUAAAUGCACUAAGGCUUUACCGUGUGAACCCUACAAGGCACUUCAUGGUCCUCUGCCUCUUUGCCUUUUAAAAGGUAAAAGGGCUCACUCAAAAUCUCUGGACUACCUCAAUUUAGACAAAAUGAGCAUUAAGGAACCUGCUGACACAGAAGUGCUACAAUACCAGCUCCAACACCUUACCCUUAGAGGGGACCGUAUGUUUGCAAGAAACAACACAUGAGCUGUUGUCUCAAACUUUGAGCCAAUUUCUGAUCAUUGCUCUGUUGCUGCAAAAAUCCACUGUUGUACUGUGUACACGACUGUCCAUAUUGUAGGUGGUUGUGUCAGCUAAAUGUUAACAGAAAGAAAUUUAUUUGAAUGCAAUCUUGACAAUGCAAUGUGUUAGAAGUACUUGGAGGGAGAAAUCUUUCCUGAGGAAGCAGCUUCUAAUGCAAACUUGAGUGCAACUGCUGGAUGUUUCUCUGGACAUCUUUUAACAACAAAAAUUUUAAAAAGGCUUUUUUUUUUGCUUUGGGAUUUUUUUUUUUGUGCAGUUAGAUCUAGUGUUUACAGUAAUUUAACACUGAAAAAUUGGUGAUGUCUGCUUGGUUGUUGCUAAUUUUGGCUUGAUGUUAGAAACUUCUCUUGGAUAAGUACUGAAAUUUUGGGGGCAUUUUGGUUUCUAAUUUUUGUUACUGUAUUCUACAGUAAAAUGUAGGUAUGAUUUAGGGUUUUUUUCAUCGAGAGGAAUAUGAGCUUGGAUAAAUUGGAUCACUUGUUAUUUAAACAGUCUAGUUUAGAAACUGGGCUUGCACUGCUAAUGAGGGGGAGAUCUACUCAUAAAAUAAACCUUAGUUAAUUUGCUACUUUAAUCCUAUUAAAUUAUUUUUUUAGUUCCUGCAUGGAAGUAAGUGCUUUGCCUCCUCUAUUCUAUAAAAUUUUUCAGGUUACAUAUGUGGGAUAUUUAAAAAAAAAAAAAUCUUUUUGGGGAUGAAGAGUUUUUGUUAGUGGAACUUAUUUUUUACAUCAUCUGGACACCUAAUGAAGGAUUCACUUUAGAUUCCAGUAGGUACACUGUAAUGUCUGCGUUGGUGUGUCAGUAAUGUUUUAAUUUUAAAUCAUGAUUUCUAUAACGUAUGUUAAUGGAAGGUGCGAAAUGACUGUCAUUGCUUUGAAAAUUUAGUUGAUUUGAAGAACUGAACUCUUCUACUGAGAUUUUUAAAGCAGAUUAUUUUUUUCUGAUGGAGUGCAAGUAAAGUAUUUCUAUGUCAGCCUUGAAGAGAUGAUCCUGGAUUAUUCAGAGUAGAUUGAAUACACUGGCUUACUUUGUUGCUUAGGAAAUUUUUAUCCAAACAUGACAUCAAAAGCAGUUUUGACAGCUGUAUUCCUAGAUGUAUUUAAACCAUUUUAGUAACUUAUGUUUGAAGAUGGAAAAUAGUCUUUAGGCUUUUUUUAGGUACAGUCUAUUACUGAAGCAGUGUGUAACUUGGUUUUGGUUGAUUACCUCUGUAGAAAUUAAAAUUAAGAUCACGUUAUUUUGAAACAUAACUUAUUUAAUCGCUUCUUUCUGGUACAAUGCCUUUUUUAAAAAAAAAAAACUUUUGUUUGUUGUUCAGAAUGAAUAGGAAGCACUAAUUGGUGCAUGUGCUGUGGAAAAUGAGUUCUUCUCAUUCUGACAGUUAACUCCAUGGCUGUAAAUGAAGGCAGCCUGGUUAUCUGCAUUUUACUAGUUUGGGUUUUCUUUUUUAGACUUACUAGAAUUUUUGCAACAACUCAUGUGUAUUUUUAAAAAUUAACUAUGCUUCUGCAAAUUUAAUGUAUUGAAUAAUGGUCUCUUCCUAUAUAGUCUUUUAGUUUGAAAAACAGAAUAUGGUCAGAUGCCAAAGAGAUGGGGAUAUUGUUUAAGAAAUAAACACCACUAUUUAUUGAAAUACCAUAUAAAACUGUAUUUCUGGCUGAAAAAAAAAUAAAAAGUGUAAUAAAUA